UGAUUUGAUAAAAUCGAUUCCAUCCAACCUUCACAAUUUCCCGGAGAAUCGAAUCACUCAUCAAAACACCCGCGUAAAAAUUCAAGUACCAAAAAAAUAAAAAUAAAAAAUAAAAAAAAUGGAGAAAUCGGGCUAUGGCCGAGACGGCGUGUACAGAUCCCUGGCGCCGCCAAUUUUCGCCCCCACAGACCCAAACCUCUCUAUGAUCUCUUUUCUCUUCAGAAACGCUUCCUCUUUUCCCGACAAGCGCGCCCUCAUCGAUUCACACACCGGCGAGACCUUAACUUUCGCCCACCUCAAAUCCACCGUCUCCAGAGUCGCCCACAGCCUCCUCCAUCUGGGCAUCACCAAAAACGACGUCGUUCUCAUCUUCGCUCCCAACUCUAUUCAAUUCCCCCUCAGCUUCUUCGCAAUCGCCGCCCUCGGCGCUAUUACCACCACAGCGAACCCAACCUACACAACCUCCGAAUUAUCCAAACAGGUAAUCGAUUCCACUGCCAAGCUUAUAAUCACCGUUGAGGAUUUGCUACCAAAGGUCAAGGAUUUUGGCCUGCCAGUCGUUCUACUAAAUUCCCAUGUCAAACCAAUUUCACCCAAUAUUGGGAAAAAUAAAAUCCCGUCCAUCACCGACCUACUCAAUAACGGAGGAGGGUCUCUCGAUUUGGACAAUAAUUUUAAUAAUAUAAAGCAAGAUGAUACUGCUGCUCUGUUGUAUUCGUCUGGAACAACUGGCACCAGCAAAGGCGUAAUACUCACUCACCGCAAUUUCAUUUCCAGCGCCUUAAUGGUGACCACAUAUCAGGAAUUCGCGGGCGAAUCGGAUAAUGUUUUCCUGUGUUUUCUGCCGAUGUUCCAUGUGUUUGGUCUGGCAGCGAUCCUCUACGCGCAGCUUCAGCGGGGCAACGCUGUGGUCUCGAUGUCGAGGUUUGAUCUGGAGCUGAUUCUGAAGAUGGUGGAGAAGUAUGGAGUGACACACUUGUGGGUUGUGCCGCCUAUUGUAUUGGGCCUGGCCAAAAGCCCAAUUGUUAAAAAGUAUGAUCUGUCAAGUUUGAAGCAGAUUGGGUCUGGGGCGGCCCCACUUGGGAGGGAGUUGAUGCAGGAGUGUGCAAAGAAUUUUCCCCGGGCUGUCGUUGUGCAGGGUUAUGGAAUGACUGAAACCUGUGGCAUUGCCUCUCUUGAGAAUCCAUAUAUAGGCCCUCGACAUACUGGCUCGGCUGGAAUACUUGCUCCAGGUGUCGAGGCUCAAAUAGUUAGUGUCGAUAAAUUAAAGCCUCUUCCUCCUGGCCAAUUGGGAGAAAUAUGGCUGCGAGGGCCCAAUACCAUGAAAGGCUAUUUCAACAAUCCAAAAGCUACCAAGCAUACAAUAGAUAAGCAGGGAUGGGUGCAUACUGGAGAUCUCGGGUAUUUUGAUGAAGAGGGUCAGCUAUACGUUGUCGACCGUAUUAAAGAACUCAUUAAGUACAAAGGUUUUCAGGUUGCACCAGCUGAGCUGGAAGGGCUGCUUGUGUUUCCUGAUGCUGAAGCUGGUGAAGUCCCAAUUGCUUAUGUUGUUCGUGCCCCCAAUAGCUUGCUCACUGAGGAGGAUAUAAAGAAGUUCAUUGCAGACCAGGUGGCGCCCUACAAAAGACUAAAGAAGGUUACAUUCGUAAAUAUGGUCCCAAAAUCAGCAGCAGGCAAAAUCCUUAGAAAAGAUCUCAUCGACAAAGUGCGGUCGAAAUUGUAAUUUAUGAUGGUGGACUGUUUUUCUUGUCAUUGUACCAUUUUGUUUAUGGUGCUAUGUGCUGUCUUUAAAAACCAGUUACCCAGAAUACGUUCAUGGUGUUUGAAUAAAAUAUAAUAAUCUCAACUAUAUCUAUGAUGUCGCUCCACAAGUGGUGUUGGAUGUACUUUUACCUGUCAAAUGUAAGGUGUACGGAGUUUUGUUGGCUAAAUUUCAUAUAUAGUCCACUAUAUAGUCCACUAUGUUGG